CCGGCGGCGUCAGUCAGUCACUGGCCGCCGAGCCGACCGCCCCGCCGCGCCGCUCAGCAAAGCCCGGCCCGCGCACCCAGGCGACCCUCGCGGCCCGCGUGUCCUCACCUAUCUCUCCUGCGGAGCCUCCACCGCCGCCGUGCGCACGCCGCGGACACCUCACGCACCGCGACCCUUCACGAUGAGGGCCUCGUUCGCCGUGCGGUGACACGGGCUACCCUCUGCUCCACUCCUCCAAGCCGCCCAUUUGCGUCAAACGCGUGGCCAACGAUGACGGUGCUGGACGGCCCUGCGGGUCACCAGCGGCCGGACGCCUGCCCUCGGCACCCGGACCCCAUCUGGGUCAGCUAUGCUGUGAGACAUCGCGCCAUGGUUGCCGAGCUGGUGUCUCGACAGGGGGGCUCGCCCGUCAAUGGCGAGACCCCCGGCAGCUCGCCCCAGCGGCAGAACAGCAACCCGAGCAGCCACCCGGGCCAUCACCCCGUCAACGGCAAUCCCAGCGGCCACCUGAGCGGCCACCAGAGCGGCCCGACCAUCACCGUCAACAGCGUGCUCGCUCGCCCGCCGACCGGCCUGUUCUGCGCGGGUCCGCUCCCAGGGGCUCCCAACGGGCCACCCAACGGCCACCUCGCCGGGCACCCAAACGGACACCCUAACGGACACCCUAACGGACACCCUAACGGACUCCAAAACGGACACCAAAACGGACAUCAGAACGGACAUCAAAACGGACAUCAGAACGGACACCAAAACGGACACCAGAACGGACACCAAAACGGACACCAAAACGGACUCUCGAAUGCCAUGGAUCAAGGCAGGAUGUCGCCCAGUCCCCACGACCACCACCAGAUGCAGGACAUGUCGCCGGGCUCGCGUAGCCAGUCUCCCGACAACGGCGCGUACCCGCAGCGCAAGCAGCGCGAGUUCAUCCCCGACUCGAAGAAGGACGACAGCUACUGGGACAGGCGGCGGCGGAACAACGAGGCGGCCAAGCGGUCCAGGGAAAAGCGGCGGUUCAACGACAUGAUCCUGGAGCGGCGCGUCGUCGAGCUGUCCAAGGAGAACCACGUCCUCAAGGCGCAGCUCACCGCCAUCCGGGAGAAGUACGGCAUCAACGGGGAGAGCGUGCUGAGCGUGGAGCAGGUGCUGGCCACGCUGCCAUCCAGCGACCAGGUCCUGGGCCAGGCCAAGCGGCCCAAGCUGGCCUCGCCGCACCCCACGUCGCCGCACCCCACCUCGCCGCUCCCCCCGACCGGCAUGGUGCCGCACCCGCUGCACAUCGCGCCCCACGGCGCGCUGCAGCCCCCGCACCAGCCCAGCCCCAUCCCCACCUCCGUCAUCCACCAGCCCGUGGCGCGCUCGCCGCCGCCCCCGUGCGGGCCGCCGGCGCCGCUGCCCGGCCUGCUCAGCCUGACACCCCUGGCGCCCGUCGUCCCGGCCAACAUGGACGACCAGGACUUCCCGCCCUACCCCUACCCCCUGCCGCCGCUGUACCCCGCCGGCCCCACCGGCGCCGCGGGCCCGUGCGCAGGCGCCGCCGCCGCGCUCAACCUGUCACGCGGCGCGAGGGAAGACCGCGCCCUUGACCGUGGCCUGGAGCGCGGCCUAGACCGUAGCCUGGAGCGUAGCCACGACCGCGGCCUGGAGCGCAGCCACGAGCGUAGCCACGAACGUAGCCACGAACGUAGCCACGACCGUAACCACGACCACGAGCGCAUCCGGGAGAGAAGCCUGGAGCGAAGCCUGGAGCGGGCACCCUCCCCGUACGAGCACGAGAUGUCGAGCGGCAGCGGCGACGAGGCGGCCCUACACCAGCCCGCCGCCAACAACUGCCUGCCGCACAAGCUCCGCCACAAGUCUCACCUCGGCGAGAAGGAGGCGGCGGUGGCGCUGCUAUCGCUGCAGCCGCUGCCCGCCAUCAAGACGGAGGGCCACGGCCACCACGUGACGCACCACGAGGCCGACAGCGCGCGCGCCAGCCCACCCUGGGACGCCGAGGGCUCGAGCGACGAGAGGGACUCGGGCAUCUCGCUCGGCGACUGCGGCUACAGCGGUGGCGAGGCCAGGCACGUGCUCGGCCACGGCCUGGGGCCCCUGGGCCACGAGGGCCAGGACGACGCCGACGGCCACCUCAAGAGCGAGCUCGCGAGGCUGGCCUCCGAAGUGGCCUCCCUCAAGAGCAUGCUGCACAAGGGCACGCUGCCAUCCCUACCGCCCCUUCCGCCGCUGCAGCAGCCGAACGUCGCCCUCUACUAGAAGAGCUGCACGGACCCGACUCGCUUUGCGCUUGACUAAGUCCGACUGACUGACCCUGACUUAGAUUCCCGGUGUGCUGCCAGGCACUCGAUGUCACUCACAGUGUCGCCAGGUGCGAUCAGGACAGGACAUGUGAGCCCACAGCUUUGGCCUCAGACUGCGUCGAAAACGUGCUCCAAUUGCGCUCAAACCUAAAAAAGUGAAGAAUUAAAAUUUCUAUUUUUGUUAACCAUAUUGUCCCAACGGCUGCAAACUUUGAAAAUUUUAUUUAAAUUUAAAACUUGGUGUUACUGUGUAGAUAAAACAUUAAUAGAAAUGGUACAAAGCCAACCAACUUGCUUGUUGAAUUUCGACCGUGGACACAGGGUGGCAUGUGACGGUUCAUUGAGAGAUGAAUCGAGUAAGCCGACGCCGUUGAACAAAUCGAGUUGCUUUGCUAGUCUGGAAUGCAAAUAAUUCCAAGUAAAUGUGCGGAGCACGGCCAAAGCGUGGCGGCUGAACUGCCAGUAUUGGACAGCGUCCUAAGAGCUUUCAAUGGACACCAAAAAGUAAGAUUACAAUAUCUCUGUAUAAUUGUUAAAUAUGAUUAUGUCGUUUCAUAUCGACGUUGUACGAUAAUGUGUAUAGGGUGAUACUCGAUUUGAGUUUUUAACUCUAAUGAUUCUAUUGUAUGAGAAAUUUGUUGUAGUGUUUUACAUAAUAUGUACAAAGUGUUUUAUGUGAUCCAGUGUAACGUACUAUUUUUAAGUAUUGUGGGGCUGCGCGCUCGCUGGGCGCGAGUACGGAACUGCUCAUGCUGAGUGAUGUGGAAACGACGCAUUCGACAAAUGUGAUAUUUUGAUAUUUUUUUUACAUGAUGAAAUUGUUUUUUUUUCCUUGUUUGUGUACGUGCGGCACGGGGCAGCCCCGAUGUAUUACACCUUUUGUUGUACAUAUAAAAAUGGCUGUGUAUUUAUUUCUAUAUUGAGGAUAACAUAAUGUAACCCUUGGUUGUCCUUCCCCCUCGCGUGCAGGCCGCGAUCACCAAGGUGCGUCCAGUUAGCGCCGCCAGGUUCGCUGAGCAGUCCUCAGUGUUCAAUGCUGGUCGCCGCCUGCACGCGUCAUGUUCCAAAAAUGCGUCCGGAGGCUGCACCCCAUUUUGACGUCUUGUCUGUCCCACAGCUGAGUGGGAGAGGAAAAUAAAACGGGUGCUGCCUCCGAACGACGCUGUUAUCAGGCUCAAAAUCUUGUUAAGAAAUGUUUCUUUCCAACUUUUACAACUAGUUUGUUUUAUCCGUCCCUGGUGAGGCAUAACAGUUCUCCCCAAACACGGGGAAUGACAGCCAAGACGACGACCUGGCUGUGGCCUGCGGGUGACCCCUGGGAAUCGGCUCUGCUCAGCUCUUCUCUGCACCCCGACUAGACAGGCCGAGCGAGGUCUGUGGGGCCGAGUGGUCCUGGGCUGUUGUUUAAUUAGGGCUCCUUGCAAUAAUUUAUUUGUUUUCAUUUUGUACAAAAUAAAAGAAUUUGUGUUGUUUUCCGUAACGUGCUUGUUUCUGAAUGCUUUUUUACGUAAUUUAUUGUUAGUCGCGACCCUUAUUCGGUCGGCUGCUGGAAAAAUGGAGCAAUAUAUUUAUUGAGUAAUAUGA